AUGGAACAAGAACCUAAUGUUGUGCAAGAAAAAACUCUUCUUGAAUACUUUUCACCGAUUUCAUCUAAUGCCCCAUCAUGCAUUGUUUUGCCCACUACUAAUGCCACUCAUUUUGAACUUAAACCAUCAAUCAUUCAAUUGUUACCAUCAUUUUAUGGUUUAGAAAGAGAGGAUCCGUACAUGCAUGUAAAAGAUUUUUUGGAAAUUUGCUCAACCUUUCGUUUUCAAAAUUUUUCAGAUGAGUCGGUUAAACUUAGGUUGUUUCCUAUUUCUUUAAAAGAUAGAGCCAAAGCUUGGUUAAACUCACUUCUAACUGGAACCAUCACUACUUGGGAUCAACUUUUUAAUAAAUUUCUUGCUAAAUUUUUCCCCAUGUCCAAAACUGAUAGUUUAAGAAGAGAAAUCUCUGAAUUUUAUCAAAAAGAUAACGAAGAAUUUUAUGAAUUUGAAAAAGACCAAAGCCAACCUCAAAGUUCCAACACAAAUGACCUUUCAAAAGAUGAUGCUCAAAUCCUUCCUUCCAUCCCAAAAGCUCCUUUUCCACAAAGAUUAAUUCCACUCAAGAAAGGCAACCAAUAUAGUGACAUCUUAGAAGUUUUCAAACAAGUAAGCAUCAACAUUCCUUUCUUAGAUGUCAUUAAACAAAUUCCUGCCUAUUCUAAAUUCUUAAAAGACCUUUGCACUGUUAAAAGAAACACAAAUGUUCCAAAAAAUGCGUUUUUAACUGAACAAGUUAGCUCCAUAAUUCAACAUAAAAGCCUUGUGAAAUAUAAAGAUCCCGAUUGUCCAACAAUUUCAUGCAUCAUUGGCGAUCAUUUUAUUAACAAAGUCUUACUUGAUUUAGGAGCUAGUGUGAAUUUACUGCCUUAUUCUGUGUAUAAGCAACUUGGUCUAGGAGAAUUACCUUCUCAUUGGUCUAAGCAUGACAAAUCUAAAUUUUAUUCUGAAGUGAAAAAUUUCAUGUGGGAUGAUCCUUAUUUGUUUAAAUAUUGCCAUGAUCAAAUAAUAAGGAGAUGCAUUCCAAAUAGCAAAUCUUGCGAACGUUGUCAAAAGUUAGGAGGUGUAACUAGAAGAAACAUGAUGCAUUUGAAUCCUAUCCUUAUUGUUGAAAUAUUUAAUGUUUGGGGCAUUGAUUUUAUGGGUCCAUUUCCUAACUCUUGUGGUAACUUGUACAUUCUUGUUGGUGUUGAUUAUGUGUCUAAAUGGGUUGAAACUGUUGCAUGCCACACAAAUGACCAUAAAGUUGUGCUUAAGUUUUUGAAAGAAAAUAUUUUCUCCCGUUUUGGCUCACCACGUGCUAUCAUUAGUGAUAACGGUACACACUUUUGUAAUAGAUCUUUUGAGCAUUUAAUGAAACAAUAUGGUAUUACACAUAAAGUCACUACACCUUAUCACCCACAAACUAGUGGUCAAGUUGAAAUAUCAAAUAGGGAAAUCAAGCACAUCUUAGAGAAAACUGUCAAUCCAACAAGGAAAGAUUGGUCCUUAAGACUCAUUGAUGCAUUAUGGGCAUAUCGAACUGCAUACAAAACACCCAUUGGAAUGUCACCCUAUAGACUUGUGUAUGGAAAGGCAUGUCACUUACCCGUUGAGCUAGAACAUAGAGCCUAUUGGGCAAUUAAGCAAUUGAAUUUUUCCUUAGACAAAGCGGGUGAGAGAAGAAAGCUUCAAUUAAAUGAGUUAGAAGAGCUUAGGCAUGAUGCAUAUGACUAUUCCAAAAAAUAUAAGGAUCGAAUGAAGAUUUACCAUGACAAAAACAUUUUGCGAAAAGAUUUCUCCCCCGGUCAAAAAGUUCUUUUAUACAAUUCUCGUUUGCAUCUCUUCCCGGGAAAGUUACGCUCUAGGUGGGUAGGUCCAUACAUUGUUCGCACUGUUUUUCCACAUGGGGCCAUUGAAAUUGAAAAUCCUAAUAAUGGUAAUGUAUUCAAAGUGAAUGGACAAAAAUUGAAACCAUUUUUAGAAUUGAAAACUGCUAAAGUGGAUGAAAUCCUUCUUGAGGAUCUUAUUUACCAUGGUCCUUGAUCGCUCUCAUCAUUUAUUGGUAAAUGUGUGUUUUAUUUAUGUUUUAGGUUAACUUCUUGUUUUGAUUUUUGUUUCCUUUUUGUUGCCCUCUUGACAAUGCUCAAUGAUGAGGUAUGACCAUUCUAAACUCUAAACUCUUUCAAGCUUCAAUUUAUAUUUGUAUUUGGAUACAUUGAGGACAAUGCAUAAAUUAAGUUUGGGGGUAGUGAGUUUAUAUGGUUUCUUCUUUCAUGUGUUUGAAAAUGGUAGAAUUUCUUUAAAAAAAAAAACAAAAAACAAAAAAUUGGAUGGUAGAGUAUCUAUUUUAUAUAUUAAUUAUAAAAAAAAAACUAAAAAUAUUAUCUUUCUAGUAAUAUAUAUAUAUAUAUAGUUUUGUACUUUUAUACUUUAUUUUCUAUCAAAAACUAUUAAAAAAAAAUUAAAAAAAAAACCCCCUUUGGUGAUAUCCAUUUUUCCUAUGAUAAUACCCUUGA